UCUUUAGGUGACUCUGGUGACCCCUGGUGGAAGAGUGGGUGAUGGCCUCCAUGCACUUAGGACGUUCAGGUCUCCCCUCUAGUGAAGACCUGUUACGUAUGCAGCAAGGAACAACCAUGUGCAAAGUGAGGUCCAAAAGCUGGAAAAAACUAAGAUUUUUCAGGCUUCAGGAAGACGGCAUGACUGUAUGGCAUUCCCGGCAAGUUGGAGGCAGUGCCAAGCCCAGCUUCUCAAUCUCUGACGUGGAGACAGUGCGGUUGGGUGUAGAGUCAGAGCUUCUGCGCAGCCUGGAAGAUGAGCUACCCCUGGAUCAGGGGUUCACCGUUGUCUUCCAUGGCCGGCGCUCCAAUCUGGACCUGGUGGCCAACAGUGUGGAGGAAGCUCACAUCUGGAUGGAUGGCCUCCAACUGCUGAUACAUCUUGUCAAGAACAUGGACCAACAGGAGCGACAGGACCAAUGGUUGAAUGACUUGUUCCAACGUGGAGAUAAGAACCAGGAUGGCCGAAUGACUUUCCAGGAAGUGCAGCGCUUGCUGCACCUGAUGAAUAUAGACAUGGACCAAGAAUAUGCCUUCCAACUUUUCCAGGCUGCAGACACCUCCAAGUCAGGGACGCUAGAGGGUGAAGAAUUCGUACAGUUCUACAAGGCGCUGACAAAGCGCCUGGAUGUGCGGGAGCUAUUUGAAAGCUUUUCGGCUGAUGGGCAGAAGCUGACCCUGCUAGAAUUUGCCGAUUUCCUUCAAGAGAAGCAGAAGGAAGGGGAGCGGGCAGCGGACAUGGCCCUAGAGCUCAUCAGUCGCUAUGAGCCCUCUGAGAGUGGAAAAAUGCGGUGUGUCCUGAGCUUGGAUGGUUUCCUGAGCUACCUCUGCUCCAAGGAUGGGGACAUCUUCAACCCCACGUGCCUCCCCAUCUAUCAAGACAUGACUCAACCCCUGAACCACUACUUCAUCAAUUCUUCCCACAACACCUACCUCGUGGGAGACCAGUUCUGUGGCAACAGCAGUGUGGAAGGAUACAUAAGGGCCUUGAGGCGAGGGUGCCGCUGUGUGGAGGUGGACGUAUGGGACGGACCCAACAAGGAGCCCAUUGUUUACCAUGGACAUACACUCACCUCUCGCAUUCUCUUCAAAGAUGUCUUGGCUUCUGUCGCCCAGUAUGCCUUCCAGACAUCAGACUACCCCGUCAUCCUGUCACUGGAGAACCACUGCAGCUCUGAACAGCAAGAGGUCCUGGCCAGUCAUCUAGUGGAGAUCCUGGGGGAGCAACUGCUGAACACCACAGAUGAUGACCUGCUGCUUGCCCAGCUGCCUUCACCAGAGGCACUUCAGAGGAAGAUUCUGUUGAAGGGGAAGAAGUUAAAGACAAAAGAAGAUGUAGAAGAAGAGGAAGAGGAAGAGGAAGGGGUCAGUUCCGUGAUGGAGAAGCAGCAGGAGGAUGAGUUGCAGGCCAAGAGUGAGCUUGAGACACAGGAUACAGACAGUAAGAAAGACGAAUCCCUCUGGUGCCCAUCCCUCCCCUCCGAAGUCAUGUACCUGAAGCCUGUGCCGUUCUACAACUUUGCUCACUCCCGGGAGAACUACUGCAUCUAUGAGAUCUCUUCCUUCUCUGAAACCAAGGCCAAGAACCUCAUUAAGGACGCUGGCAAUGAGUUUGUGCAGCACAAUGCCAGGCAGCUAACUCGUGUGUAUCCCAGUGGUUUGAGGACGGAUUCCUCCAACUACAACCCCCAGGAGCUGUGGAAUGCCGGCUGCCAGCUGGUGGCUCUGAAUAUGCAGACAGCUGGGCUGGAGAUGGACAUCUGUGAUGGCUUCUUCCGCCAGAAUGGUGGCUGCGGCUACGUACUCAAGCCUGACUUCUUGCGGGAUGUGCACAGCAACUUCCAUCCUGAGAAACCCAUCAGUCCUUUCAAAGCCCAGAAACUCAUAAUACAGGUGAUCAGUGGUCAGCAACUCCCCAAAGGGGCCAAGACCCGAGAGCAGUCCAUCCUGGACCCCUUGGUGAGGGUGGAGGUCUUUGGAGUUCGCCCAGAUACCACCCGGCAGGAUACCAACUACGUGGAGAAUAAUGGUUUUAACCCAUAUUGGGGAGAAACAUUAACCUUCCGGGUCCUGGUGCCAGAACUGGCCCUCCUGCGCUUUGUGGUGAAGGAUUACAACUGGACCAUUCGGCAUGAGUUUGUGGGCCAGUACACCCUGCCCUGGAGCUGCAUGCAGCAAGGCUACCGACACAUCCACCUGCUCUCCAAAGAUGGCGUCAGCCUCCACCCAGCUUCCAUCUUUGUGCACAUCAGCUCCAAGGAGGAGGAAGAGGAUGAGGCCUAAGGCAUGGAGGAGCUAGAGGGAAAGAGCAGCCUCUCUGGCUCCUUGGGCCAAGCUGGGCCAAGACUCAAUGGUGGGCAUGUUAUAGCCUCCCCUUUCCUGACAAGGCAGCAAGUGGAGCUGGGGCCUCACCAUCUCUCUCUUCUCCGUCACAACCUUUGGGAAUACACUGCCACCUGUCCCUGCUGUACCCUACUGCCAUCAACCCUCCUUCCUCAUGCUGUAGAAACAUGUCACUCCAGGCAAGGACUAUGCGCUCCCCUGUCCCUGGCUCCAAGAUAGAUGGGAGACGAGAAUCCAGAGCGGGGCUGGAGAAAACCCAAGAGCGUAUCAUCUCCAGUCUUGCCUCUAGGAGCUCUAGGCCAAGAUUGGACCUCCAUGCUGUUCUGUAACCCCCCUGAAAGAGACCAUACUACACAGCACUCAUAGCUUUGGAGAUGAGGGAGACCCCUUUUCACUGCCUGUUCUUUGUUCCAUGGGGA